GUUAGUUGACACCCGGAGGCCAGUUGGUGCAGACCCGUCCCCGUCCCUCCUUGCUGCAGUGCGACGACCCCGGGAAGCUAGCGCUUCACCGGCCAACAGGGAAGUCCCGCGGCAGUGAAGACUUUCGGGCGGGAGGGGGAGCGACAAAGCACGGGUCCUGUAUUCCGAACGAGGAGGAUGUCUCUGAUCGUCCCGGCGGCGCUGGCCCUCCUGGUCGGCGGCGUGGCCGCGGAGUACCAGUGCCUGUACCACCAGCGCCUGGAGCCGGGCAGGGCGUACAGGAUCACCAGCCCCGGCUACCCCGCCAACUACCAGGCGGGCGAGAGCUGCCUGUGGAUCGCCUCCGUCACGGAGGACAACGCCCGCGUCGUCCUGGACUGCGACGACUUUGACCUGCCGCCACCAAAGAGCGGCGAGUGCGGCGACGCGCUGUGGGUCUCGCUGUCUGGCCAGCCGGUCAACAGGGACGGCGAGCCGCACUGCGGGACGGGCCGCUUCACCGUCAUGUCCACGGGCCCUCGCCUCAACAUGAAGCUCGUCUCCAUCGGGGCGGACGCGCGCGGCGGGAGGUUCCGGUGCAGCGUGGCGGCCCUGACCGACCCGUCCUCUGGCCCCUCUCCGCCCGCGACGACGGCGCCGACCCGCCCGCCGACACGACCACCGACACGGCCACCGACACGGCCACCAACACGGCCUCCUACACGGCCGCCGACACGACCUCCGCCGCCGCCGCCGCAGCGCCCCAUCCCGCCGCCCGACAACUGCACCUGCGCCGUUCGCCAGCCCGAGGCCACCAGAAUUGUGGGAGGGCAGGAGCCCGCGCCCCACGAGUACCCUCUGGUCGGCUACCUGGAGGACGGCGAGGAGGGGCGCCUACUGUGCGGGGCCGCCAUCCUGUCCCCCAAGUACGGCCUGACCGCCGCGCACUGCGCCGAGCUCGCCGUCGACAAGCCCCUGGUCAACCUGGUCGUCGGAGACCACGACCGUUCUCAGCCCGACUGGCGCAGCCGCCGGCAGGUGCUCCGCGUGUACGACUUUAUCGUGCACCCGGACUACCGGGGCUCGUGGGCGGGCGCUGACGUCGCCGUGGUGCGCCUCGCGCGGCAGGCCGUCCUGGGCCCGACUGUGCAGCCCGCCUGCAUGCCCUUCCUCCUGAAGAAGGCCAACCUCGCCGGCCAGCCCGUCGUCGUCCUUGGCUGGGGUGGGCAGCGGCUGGACGGACCGAGCACCAUCCGCCUCCAGGCCGCGCGGUUGGAGGUGGUGAAGAACACGGCGUGCUCGCAGGCGUACGGCGCGGACCUGGGCGACAACCACCUUUGCGCCUUCAGGGGGGACGCCUCGCCGUGCACGGGCGACAACGGCGGCCCUGUGGUGUGGGUGUCGCCUAACACGGGUGCGCUCCACAUCGUGGGCAUCAUCAGCUACGGCGAGGGCUGUCCCGGAGAGAAGCCCGUCAUCAGCACCAGGAUCACUCACUACAUGCGGUGGAUCCAGCAGGUCACGCAAGAGUCGUUUUGCUACGUGGAAUGAAAGAGAAGUGCCGUCGCGUCGCAUCUUCUUUCUGCCCCAGUCCGCUGAUCCCGGUGACCUCAAAAGUUUUCCCAUUAUCCUCAGAAGACUUCCCACCUUUCCGAACUGUGUUCCAAGUCGUUCUCUACGAGUUAAAUAAGUGCUUUGUAAAUAUAAACCAAUUACUUUA